AUGGUUAUACAAAGACAAUGUAUACAAUGGACCAAUUGUUUCCAUACUCAAACUCUCAUAAGAUGCAACGUUCAAUGCAUUAUGUUCCGCAGCAGCAAUACUCACACAAUCAGUAAAAUCAGUUAUAUUUGGUUUGGAAACACAGUACGAUUCACCAUCACGCAUCGAGGACCUAUCCCAACAGGAAGGCUUCCACUCAUUAUGUUUAUUCCAUUCUUUAAACUCUUCAAGAGUGAUGUUGUACAUUUUACAAACGUGAUAACAGUCAAUGUUCCAGCUAUCUGGAAUAUAGACAUCACAGAAGUAUUCGGGAUACUCGAAAAUACACACUGGAUAAUCACCACAUUCACUAUAAUCGGGUUCAGUCACACAAACUUGAUCACCUUCGGUAAACAAAGCACAAUAAAAAAUAUCCAGAUGAUCCCCUGGAUAUGA